UCCUCAGCGACAACAUCGACAGACGACGACAGCCAAAAUGACCACCCGCCCUACGGUCACGAUCAUUGGGGCCGAUGGCUCGGCCAGCGAUGCCACCCUGCCUCUCCCGGCUGUUUUCAAGUCGCCCAUCCGGUCGGACAUUGUUCAGUCCGUCCACACCGGUAUGGCGAAGAACAAGAGACAGCCGUAUGCUGUGAGCGAGAAGGCUGGUCACCAGACCUCCGCCGAGUCCUGGGGUACCGGUCGUGCUGUCGCUCGUAUUCCCCGUGUUUCUGGUGGUGGUACCCACCGUGCUGGUCAGGCUGCUUUCGGUAACCAGUGCCGUUCUGGUCGUAUGUUCGCGCCCACCAAGGUCUGGAGAAAGUGGCACCAGAAGAUCAACCUGAACCAGAAGCGGUUCGCUACCACUUCUGCUUUGGCUGCUACUUCUGUUCCCGCUCUCCUCCUUGCCCGUGGUCACCACGUCUCCACCGUCCCGGAGGUUCCCCUCGUUGUUUCCUCCACCGCUUUCGCCAACGCUGCCAUCAGCAAGACCACCGCUGCUCUUGCUCUGCUGAAGGCCGUCGGUGCUGGCGCCGAUGUCAACAAGGUCUACGGCUCUCGCAAGCUCCGCGCUGGUAAGGGUAAGCUCCGUGGCCGGAGAUACCGCCAGCGCCGUGGCCCCCUUGUCGUCUACGCCCCCGAGGAGGACGGCAAGGAGCUCGUCAAGGCUUUCCGCAACAUCCCCGGUGUUGAGACUUGCUCCGUCUUCGCCCUGAACCUCCUCCAGCUCGCCCCUGGUGGUCACCUUGGCCGUUUCGUCAUCUGGACCUCGUCCGCUUUCGGUGCGCUCGACAAGAUCUACGGUGACGGCAGCGCCCCCGCCGCUCUCAAGAAGGACUUCCUCCUGCCCUCCAACGUUGUCUCCAACGCCGACAUUGGCCGUCUCAUCAACUCCUCUGAAGUCCAGGCCGUUGUCCGCCCCGUCAAGGGUGGCGCCCAGACCAAGCGUGCCGUUGUGCAGAAGAAGAACCCUCUCCGCAACAAGCAGGUCCUUCUCCGUCUCAACCCUUACGCCUCUGGCUACGCCAAGGCCCACCUUGGCCAGGAGAAGAUCAACACCGAGAAGCCCAAGCGCGCCGGCGAGACCUUCAGCACUGUCCUCCACGAGAACUAGGAAAAAGUACUUGGCUUUUUUUACGGGUUCCGCAUUUGGUUGUGACGGGUUGCUUUGUUGGGGUGAUCUUGCGCAUUUGUUUCUCCAAAAUCUUUUUUUCUCCAUUUUCUUAACACUAUUACAUUGAUACUAGUCUAACAAAUGACCAAAUUUCAAAAGGGCUAGCUUAUCAUUCUUCUUGGGUCUCUUUCUACGGAACAUGUAACUUUGUGCGUGUUGUAUUAUUUGUGAUGAAGUAAUGAAUAUUUUGGGACAAACCAGG